AUGCCCUCUUCUCGACCUGCCAAACACUUCAAGGGCACUUCCAACAACAACAACAACAACAACGAAGGUUCACUCCGGUUUCAUGACGACGACCAUCAUGAUGAUGACAACAACAACAAACCCAUCCACAACAACAAAUCUACCAAUAAUAAUGAUCUUGUUGUUGACAACAUGAAUGACGACGAUGUCGGACAUGGACUCGAAGAUAUUGAUACCUUCCUUGAACCCACUCAUCUCGUACUGAAACAUCAUGAAGCAGAGGCUAAACGUAAGAGCAUUACAAUGGCUGUACAAACAGUGCCACAUAUUGUUUCUCGAUCUAUAGCAGGAUGGAUUUCUGCUAUUUUCAUUGUUGCUCAACUUGCUGCCAUCAUUGGUUUUGUCAUUCUUCCAAUCAUUAUUGUGAUGGCUCAUCAUGAUUUUUGUUUCUUGUGUGGAGGUGCUGAAUUUGUAUUGGUGUUGAGUUUGAGUGUCAUUGGAAUUGUCUUGUUAUUGAUUGGAUUGAUUUAUCCAUUGAGACAAUAUAUUAUUGAAAAGAAGAAACAAAAGGAAGUGACUCAGGAGGAUUUGAUUCAUGAACAAUUGUUCAAUUGUACUCACAGGAUGAUGAUGAUGGAUGGUUCGAGUGGUGUUGGUGGUGGUGGUAUUGAUAGGAAUGCCCAUCGAUAUUCUACUCAUCAGGAUGAUGGACUAUUGAGUUUCAAUGAUGAUGAUGAGAUGAUGGAUGAUGAAACAACACAUGGACCACCUCAACAACAUCAUCCAUCUCAACAUCACUUACUUUCUGCCUCUUCCAUUCAUGCCGCCACAGCGAUGAAUCCCUUGAACCACCACCACAACAACACCAAGAACAAGAAUGGAAAAUCAUCUCUCCUUGCAUUACUCUCUCCAAGAAUUCUUUCACGUUGUUGUUCACACUAUUUUGGAGCAAGUUCAACUCGUAAGAAAUGUGCAUGUUGUACUCUCUCUGUGGUGACUCUCUUUGGAUUUUUAUGGCUUUUAAUUUCAAUCUUGAUGGUCUUGAUGUUACUCUUUAUGGUUCAUUCCACUAAAAUUCAAAAGAGUGGUCUUCUCUAUACCCAUCAAUUGUAUGGUAAACGUGCCAUGAUUGUACGUGAAAAGAAUGGAAUGGUUCAUGUGGUUGCAGAGAAUAUGAAAGAUUUAGCAUUUGCACAAGGAGUGGCAGCCUGUCAAGAUCGUUUAUUUCAAAUGGAACUCUACAAGAGAGUAUGUCAAGGUACAAUGAGUGAAAUUGUUGGACAAGAUGCACUCAUUGUGGAUAAACUUUCUCGAAUUUUAGGAUUUAAAAAGUAUGCUCAAGAUAAUUUGAAAUAUUUACCAACAAGUACUCUUGAAAUUAUUGAAUCCUAUGUGAAUGGUAUUAAUGCAUUUAUUGCAUCCAAUCCAAGAUUACCACCUGAAUUUAGACUUGUUGGUUUUCAACCUACUCCAUGGAAUGUCAUGGAUGUCUUGUCUUUUGAGAAAUUAAUUGCAUUUCAAAUGACUUAUAAUUAUAUUUUUGAAUUGGCACGUCUUGUCAUUUUAGAGAAGGGAGUGAGUUUGGAGAGAGCAACAGAAUUGUCGACUCCAUCCAUUUCUAAUCAAUUUACAAUCUUUACAAGAGAAGAAUUGAAUAUGACUCUUACGGAUGAACAAGCUCAAGAAAUUGAGACAAGAUUAUUUGAUCAAUCAGGUGCAUUUAUUCCUCAUCAUCACUCUCAUCUCCAUCACCAACAACAACAACCACAGCAAGAAGAACAAUAUGGAAUGAAGAGUGGUAUGAGUGGUGAUUCAAGUAGCAGUAGUAGUAGUAUUCAUCGUAGUGGUAGUGGUGGUGGUGGUGGUGUUGAGGGUGGUGACUCUAGUACUGAUUCAAGUAGUAGUAUCCCAUCCUCAUCCUCCAUGAAGGGUAUUGGACAUGUGUUAAUAGACAUUUUCAACAAGAAUCGUUAUUUGGACAUGCUCUUCCCAAUGAAGAAGGGACGUUCACGUGGUUCCAACAAUUGGGUCAUUCAUAGAAAUUUAACAGAUAGUUCCUCUGGAUACAAUGUCAAUGAUCCUCAUUUGGAUUUCUCUGCUCCAAUUAUUUUUCAACAAAUUCAUUUGAAAUUGGUCAAAGAUGUUACAAAAAUAGAUGAAAAGGAUUUGAGACAAUCUUCAUCUCAUCAACAACAAGAGUCUUCAUCAUCAUUUCAUCAUCAACAACAAGAGUCUUCAUCUCAACCAUCCACUCAUGAUGAUUUUGAAUUAAUUGGUGCUUCAUUCCCUGGUUUACCUUCCAUUGGUAUUGGAAGAAAUGCUCACCUUUCAUGGAGUGUUACUCUAUCUUUCACAGAUGUACAGGACUUGUAUGUUCUGACUCCAUGUCCAACAUCCAAUAAUCAUUCAAAUACCCAUAAUACUCCUAAUUCCACUCCAAUGAUGAAUACCAAUAAUACUCCAAUGAUGAAUACCCAUAAUACCCAUAACACUCCUAAUUCCACUCCAAUGAUGAGUACAACUCAUUACAUGAUCGAUGGAGAAUGUGAAGCCUAUCGUAUUCGAGAGGAAUUGAUUCAUGUGAAGGGUCAAUCCGAACCAUUCGUAUUGGAAGUGAAAGAGAGUCGAUUUGGACCUAUUUUCAAUACCAUUCUAAUGGAUCCUCAAAUUGGAAAUUCACAUCUUCAGGAAGAUACAUCAUUGACUCUUCAUCCUAUUGCAUUGAAAUGGACUGCACAUCUUCCCAAUGAUACCACUCUGAUUGGUCUUCAACAAAUGUCUCUUGCCAAAACCAUGGAUGAAUUUAUCAAAGCCACUCAUCUCUUGACUGCAUUUCCAUUUUGUAUUGUCUUUUCAGAUCGAGAAGGAAAUAUUGGAUAUUCUCUCACUGGUACCACACCUCUGAGACAACAAGGACAUACAGGAAUGUUUCCAAUGCCAGGUCAUGUAUCAACCUUUGAAUAUAAAGGUUAUGCAAGUGGAUCUGAUUUAAUUCACAUGGUGAAUCCAAAGAAGGGUUAUAUCAUUACAGCUAAUAAUAGAAUUACUCCUGCAGGAUGGCCCUACAUUAUUAGUAAUGAUAAUGAAUUUGAUUAUCGAGCGAGAAGAAUUGAUCAAAUGUUGAAACAUGUUCUACAAGUGGAAAAGAGAAAACUUACACAAAAAGACAUGAUUGAUAUUCAAAAUGAUGUUCAAAGUUUAAUUUUUGAAGAAUUGAAAUUUGUUUUGGAAUUUAUUAAGAAUGAAUUUGAUGAUGAAUCAACGAGUGAGAAUAACAAGAAUGAAUCAACAACAAGGAAGUCUAAUGCCAACACUGAAUCAACAAGAAAAUCCAACAGCAAUGAACCAACAAGAAGAAAAUACUUCAACUAUGCCAAUGAAUUACUCACUCAAUGGAAUGGUAAAAUUGAAAGAGAAUCUUCACAUGCUGCAUUGUGGGAAACAUUUUUAACCAAUCUCAUUACUCUUCCUCAAUUUGAAGUUUCAGAAAAGUAUUGGAAUGAUUUUUAUUAUUUGAGAAGAGCCAUGACUCUCAACAAUGACACUGCUUGUAUUGUUUAUAGAAAACAAACUUGUUUAGAAUUUGCUAAACAAACCUUCAAAGAAACGGUUGACAGUUUAGAAUUUUAUUUUGGUCAUCGAAUUCCAAAAUGGAAAGAAAUGCAUUACAUUGAUGCCUCUCAUCAAUUGUUAGGACUCACUCCACUCUCAUGUCUCUCGGAUCGUCAUUUACAUACCAAUGGUGGUACCUAUACAGUGAAUAUUAAUAAUUAUGUCUAUGAUAAGGUAACUAAUACAACCAUUCCAACAGUGAAUGCAGCAGUGUAUCGUCAAAUCAUUGGAGGUGGAGAAUUUUCAUCAUCAUCAUCAUUGAACAGUACUUCUAGUUCAGUCAUCAUGACGAGUAGGAAGACCAUGAUGGAUGAGACCACAAGGAGUAGUACUAUUAGUAGUAGUAGUAGCAGUAGCACAUUCACCCGUCAAGAAGAUUUAUGGGUACUUCCACUUGGACAAGAUGGUAACAUGUUUUCAAGAAAUUAUGAUAACAUGAUGAAUGAUUAUAUUGAAGGAAAAUAUCAUCCAUUGAGAACGGAUUUGAAUAAGGAUGUCACUGAUGUCUUUACAAUUAUUGCUAUUGAAAAAGAAGAAGGAGUUCAGUAA